ACCUUGGUGACUCAGCAAUAUGGCGGAAGUCCUCCAGCUGUUUCGUCAGCUGUGCACUGCCGUACGCGGCGAUUUCACGUGGUCACCGUAAUAAUAAAAACUAUCGCGUUUUACGGGCCUCCCUCGGCUCGUCGUGAUGCCGAGAUUGUUUAUCGGAGGGAUUGUUAACGAAUACCGAUCGCCUUGAUACACUUGGACAUCUGCGGCGCGGCAAUAAAAGCUCUGUGCGACCGAGGUGUGCAAGACACGCGGAGCGUUCGACGAAAAAUAUAAAGCUGGCCAAUGUUACACCGGUAGCUUACAAUUGGUGGAUUUUACGAACAUGGAAAGUAUGAAUUCAUGCGAAGGAUUUUUCGACCUGUGCGUGAACGUACCGGACGGUGGGACGGACAGUUUAAACGAUAUUUUAUUAAAGUUAUAUGAAAUGGGUUACAGAACGGUGGCGUUAAAUCAAACGGUGAACGGGGGUGACGAGGGUAACAGUGAGAAAACGAAGCAGAAGAAACAGAAAGCAGGCGCGGUGCCAGAACCAAUUGACGUUUCAAAGCUAAAUGAGAAGUGGAGAGGGAAGCUGCGUUUGCUCAACAGGAUAACAUUAAUUUGUUCAAAUGUUGACAAGGCACACGCAUUGGCACAUUGCGCAACUUUGAAAAAAUAUGAUAUAUAUGCUCUCGUCCCAACCAAGCAAUCUGUAUUGGAGUCCAUCUGUUCACAAAUAAGAGCGGAUCUCGUCACGAUAAAGCCAGACAUUUCUGGCAUAAAAAUCAACCAGAAGGUGUAUCGGCAGGCAAUGGCAAGAGAUCUGUAUUUCGAGAUACAGUAUGCAGAUCUUUUGAGACGGGAGACACGCGUAGCGACUCUUCACAAUUCUUAUCGGCUUCAAACGUGUCGCAUAAGCAUGAAUGUAAUCAUAUCCAGUGGGGCGAACAGCAAAAAUUUGAUCAGGAAUCCUUACGACAUCAUAAAUCUUGGAUCUGUAUUAGGUUUGCGACCAGAUACAGCUAAAGCAGUUAUAUCAAACGAAUGUCAUAUUCUUCUCUUAAAAGCAAAAAGACGAAUGUCUGGCAAAGCAGUAUUUACGGUGGAAUUUGCGACAGAGUCGGAGAGGAAGAAGGCGAGAAAGGAUGAAUCUCUGAAUUAACAACAAAAUUUAACUUUUACAAUUUAUUUAAUAAGAAAAUUCUACUGUACAGUUUUUAUACACGUAUAUGCUAGUUUGAUAUGUUAUUUAAAAACAAGAAAUCUAACAUUUAUAUUUUUGUACAUAUGUAUGCGUAUUUAAAAAUUUCUAUUUCUCCUGAAAUUCUUACAAUAGCAUUUAUGCAACUUGAAA